AUGGCAUCGUUACCAAAAAGAAUCAUUAAAGAGACAGAGAGGUUAGUUAGUGACCCAGUACCUGGUAUUACUGCUGAACCUCAUGAUGACAAUUUGCGUUAUUUUUCAGUGACAAUCGAGGGUCCAGAAGGGUCUCCAUACGAACAUGGUAUAUUUGAUUUAGAGUUGUUUUUACCUGAUGAUUAUCCUAUGGAAAGUCCUAAAGUUCGUUUCCUAACCAAAAUCUACCAUCCAAAUAUUGAUAGAUUGGGUCGUAUAUGUUUAGACGUGCUAAAAACUAAUUGGUCACCUGCAUUACAAAUCAGAACUGUAUUAUUGUCCAUACAGGCACUGCUAGCAAGUCCAAAUCCUAAUGAUCCAUUAGCAAACGACGUCGCUGAAGAUUGGAUAAAGAAUGAGACUGGUGCGAUUGCAACAGCUAAAGAGUGGACCCAAAAAUAUGCACAAGCAAAGGAAUAA